AUGCUGCGUGGUGUCGAACAGUUGGCCGCUGCCGUCGAGGUUACCCUCGGCCCAAAGGGCCGCAACGUCAUCUUGGACCAGCCAUUCGGUGCUCCCAAGAUCACCAAGGACGGUGUUACAGUGGCCAAGCACAUCGAGUUCAAGGACCGUCACAUCAACCUGGGCGCACAGCUCGUCAAGGGCGUCGCCUCCAACACCAACGACAUUGCUGGUGAUGGCACCACCACUGCCACCGUCCUCACCAAGGCCAUCUUUGCCGAGGGUUGCAAGGCCGUCGCUGCAGGCAUGAACCCAAUGGACCUCUGGCGUGGAAUCAACUUUGCCGUCGACACAGUGCUCGGUGAGCUCAAAAAGAUGUCUCGUCCCAUCACCACCACCGAGGAGAUCUCUCAGGUAGCCACUAUCUCUGCCAACGGUGACAAGGUCAUCGGUGACCUCAUUGCCAGUGCCAUGGAGAGAGUUGGAAAGGAGGGUGUCAUCACUGUUCAAGAUGGAAAGACAUUGAAGGAUGAGUUGGAAGUUAUCGAGGGUAUGAAGUUCGACCAAGGUUUCAUCUCAAGAUACUUUAUCACUGAUCCAAAGACCCAGAAGUGUGAAUUCGAGGACCCAUUGAUCUUGUUGGCAGAUAUGAAGAUAUCAAACGUUCACAGCUUGAUCCCAAUCUUGGAGAAUGUUCACGCUCAGCGAAGAAAGUUGGUGAUCAUUGCAGAGAGUGUAGAGUCUGAUGCUUUGACCGCACUAAUCCUCAACAAGUUGAGAGGCCUGCAGGUGUGCGCCGUCAAGUCACCAGGUUUUGGUGACAGAAGAAAGGUUCUGUUGCAAGAUCUCGCCGCCCUCACCGGAGGCCAGGUCGUCAGCGAGGAGCUCGGCGUCAAGAUCGACAACUUUGACAUCAACAUGCUUGGCUCGGCAAAGAAGAUCUCGAUCAGCCAGGACGACACCAUCAUCCUGGACGGCGCCGGCGAGAAGUCCGCCAUCCAGGAGCGCGUCGAGUUGAUCCGCGAGUCCAUCACACGCACCACCUCUGAGUACGAGAAGGGACAACUGCAAGAGCGUCUGGCCAAGCUGGCUGGCGGUGUUGCCGUCAUCCGCGUUGGUGGCGCCUCUGAGGUUGAGGUCGGCGAGAAGAAAGACCGCAUCGUCGAUGCCCUGAACGCUACUCGCGCCGCCGUCGAGGAGGGCAUCGUGCCAGGUGGUGGCACGGCCCUUCUCUACUCGACCCGCGCUCUCCGCAGAAUCAAGAUGGAGAACUUUGACCAGACGAUUGGUGUCAAGAUUGUGCGCGAUGCCCUCUUGGUGCCAUGCAAGACCAUUGCCAACAACGCUGGUUUUGAUGGCGCUGUCGUCAUUGGCAAGCUCAUGGCUCGUCGCAACGUCGAGAUUGGAUUCAACGCCCAGAAGGGUGUAUACACAAACAUGAUCAAGGCCGGCAUCGUCGACCCAACCAAGGUUGUCAGGACCGCACUCGUUGACGCCGCAUCCGUUGCAUCACUCAUGACCACCACCGAGGCUAUGGUUGUUGAGCUGCCAAAGAAGGAGGAUCCAGCCCCAGCCCAGCCACCAAUGGAUUAUUAA